CCCGCGCGCGGCCAUGGCAAGGCCGCGGCUCUGCGGGCCCCAGCACGCCAGGUGCGGUUCGCCGUCGCUGCCCGAGCGGCCGCUGCAGGUGAAGGUGGUGGGGCUCUUCAGCUGCCCCAACUUUCAGAUUGCGAAGAGCGCCGCUGAGAAUCUGAAGAAUAAUCAUCCAUCCAAAUUUGAAGAUCCUAUAUUAGUUCCUCUUCAAGAAUUUGCAUGGCAGCAAUAUCUACAGGAGAAAAAAAGGGAACUCAAAAAUGAAACCUGGGAAUAUUCUUCCUCUGUGAUGUCUUUUGUUGAUGGUCAGUUCCUGGGUGAUGCAUUGGAUCUGCAGAAAUGGGCCCGUGAGGUGUGGGAUAUAGUUGACAUUAAACCCUCUGCGCUUUAUGAUGCACUCACUGAGAAUUUUUCCAUGAAAUUCUUAAGAGACACCAAGCAUGAUUUUGUGUUUUUGGACAUUUGUAUUGAUUCUUCUCUAAUUGGAAGAUUGAUUUUUGAGCUAUACUGUGAUGUAUGUCCCAAAACAUGUAAAAAUUUUCAGGUCUUGUGCACAGGAAAAGCAGGGUUUUCUCAACGUGGCAUAAGACUACAUUACAAAGAUUCCAUUUUUCAUCGAAUAGUACGGAAUGGCUGGAUACAAGGAGGGGAUAUAGUGUAUGGAAAAGGAGAUAAUGGAGAGUCAAUUUAUGGACCAACAUUUGAAGAAAAAGUCAUGAAAGCCAUCAAGCUCAAAACAAGUUUCUGCUGGAGAAAAUUGUGCCCAGAUGUGCUUGUCUUCGUGGAAUUUAUGACAGAGCCCAUAAAGGAAAUCAUGGAAGAGAUUUGAGGGUAUGGCAAAAAAGAUGAGGGGUGAACAUUGUCAAGAUACGGAUCUUGGAGAAAUUCAAGGCCUAAUAUAUACCACAGCAGAGGCAUUAAAAGAUGACUUGAUGGAGAUGAGUGCCUCCGAACCAGUGCCAGAUCAUGAGGAAGAAAACAGAAGAAGCAGUGUCAGGAAACAAAUUGACACUAGACAAUCUGGCGGAAGGGUUCCAGUUACUCAAGACUACUUUUGACUUCUUUUACAACAUAGACCCUUUUAUGAUAGGAGCAAUGAAACUAAAGCAAAGAGUGGAAGAAGGAUUGAUACUGUAUGGAAACAUUACUAGAGA